UACUUAAUUGGUACUUGCAUUAUUUUUAGAUAACUAACACAAAUGGAUUUUAUGCAUUAUUUGAAGACAAGAACAGCAAGUUUGUUGACUGAACUUGAUAAGCGUUUAUUGGUUGUUCUUCGAGAUGGAAAAACAUUCAUUGGCGAAUUAAGUUCUGUUGACCAAUUUGCGAAUCUUGUGCUUGAAAAUACAAUUGAAAGAAUCCAUGUUGGAAAGCAAUAUGGUGAUAUUCACCGUGGUGUGUUUGUUGUGAGAGGUGAAAAUGUGGUCCUUUUGGGAGAAGUGGAUUCUGAGAAAGAGGCUGCGAGUAAUUUAAUCAAAGUUUCCAUCGACGAUAUAUUAGAAGCGCAAAGAAGAGACAUGCUUGAAAAAGAGGAGCAAGAAAAAGCGAAAAACAUGUUGCGGCAUGAAAGAGGCUUGCCGCCACACAUGCCUGAUAUGGGUUUGGAUGAUUUCGCGUAACACCAUCACCAAAAAACGUUCGUUACUGUACUCGUUACGACAAAAAAAGUUGUGUUUGCGAGAAACGCGUCGUGUCGUUGGUUGAUCAUAAAGUUUUGACUCUUGAUGCACACCAUGUGUGCUGAUAUUGUCGUGAGAGAAGCAUGAAAGUUCCUUGGUAACCGAAUUCACAUGAUUGACGUUAAGAGAAAUUCCUAACGGUGUUAGGAAUGUAAAAUGAAAAAGUAGUUUAUAAGGAUUAUAUACUUGAAUAUUUAACUGCUGUUUUGUUGUUGCUGUUUUUGUUGUUGUUGUUUUUGUUUUUGUUGUUGUUGUUGUUUGUGAAGCAUGCUUGAGGUUUUUAGAAGGGAGGGUUAAUUGGUUCAACUAUUUAUAGAAUUUUUUGCUUUUUUUGAUCGUUAAUUUGAAUUAUGUUUUUAUAGAGAUUGCGGUAAUAGGACAUUUUAAUGAGAACAAAAGCGAUUUAUAAUUUUGUUUUAACGAUCCGAAAAUGACGUCACGAAGAUGUAAUAAUUAAAAAAGUUAUUGUUCUC